AAUAUAUCAAGUAAAGCGUCUAAUAAUUUGUCAGGUUUCAACUACCCAUGGCAACACGUUAGUCCUGAUAAACUUUCUAAGAAUCUAGCUGAUUUGAUAAUAAAAAGGUCACUUCUUCUUUAUGGAGAAAAUACCCAAACCCAAAUUCCUCGCACGUUAAAAGCGUAGACGUUCUUAGUCGGACCAUUGAUAGAAAAACUGGCGACGUUAUCACGGAUAGACUGAUAGGUGUAGAACAAUCAGCACCCUUAUGGGCGAUAAAGUUAUUUAAUUGCAGUUCAACCGCAUUCGUACUCGAAAGAUUAACAGUUUCACCGCAAUUACAGCGGACGACAGCACGAUCAGUUAACUUAUCAUUAAGUGAUUACCUCACUUGUCAUGAAACUAUCACGUACACUCCUCACCCGGCGAACCCAACACUAUCGACGCUCUUCUCACAAACAGCCAAUAUUACCUCAGCGGGUGCGCUGGGAUGGCGUAUGGCAGAGAAAAAGUUAGAAGAGCAUAGUGUACGACGAUUCAGCGAGAAUGCAGGACGAGGGCGUGAAGGUGAGUGUAGAAAGAGAACUAAAGGGAUUGACUAACGAGACGUCUUAGGAUUUGAAUUUAUACUUAAAAAUUACAACAAGAUAUAGCGUCUAUUAUCAAAGAGAAAAAUCACUACUCAUAGCCUACCUAUCAGUCUAAUCAUCGUCUAUUAAUGCAUCUUGUACACCCCUGCCAUUUGGCACUAGAAAUCCAAUUAAGCAUUCAUCAAGCAUGUAAUCCAAGUUAACCCAAGCGUGCGUUUUCAUGAAUAAAUCCGUACCGUCUCUACCUGCUACUCUAAGUACUUCCUUCUCGCCACCUGGAUGAAAAGGCAAAUAACGGGUAACGUUAUAGACUUUGCCAUUGAAGCUGCACCAAAUUUCAUCAUCGACGCUAUUAGCUUUACCACGAUGUAGGGACAUCAUCUUUGGUGAAAUAGGUACUGGGUGCUGCCAUUCAACUUGUCUAAGAUCCUCUUGAGAUGAUUUCAACUUUGCCCAAUCCAAAGGACCGUAACCAGGUUGUAAAGCAACUUUGUGAGCGGGUUUUGGUGUAGAUUUUGUAGUACUCGGUGGUGGCAUUAAACUCAUAUUAAAUUUUAUUAUAUGUUCAGAUAGUAGUAUCUGUCAAACGAGCAGCAGCUUGACUUCAAACUACGAACUUUGAAUAAUAAAAAUGGACGAUUGGGACGCAUCCUCUUCCGAUGAACAACCACAAAAGGUCGCACCAGUUUCUGCACCUGCACCAGCUCGUAAAGGCAAAUGGGAUGACGAGGAUGAGGAUGAUAAAGUAGAGGAUUCUUGGGAUGCGCCUUCGGAGGAUGAAGAGAAGAAGAAGCCAGCGCCGACACCAGCGAAGAAAGCACCAGCUGCUGCACCACCAAAAAAGAAAGGCACACUUAAGCAAAAGUUAGAGCAGAAGGAGAAAGAGCGUAAAGAGAGAAUGGAUAAGGAAGGUGAAAUCGAUGAUGGUGACGCUAUCGACUGGCUCGAGAAGCAGAGAGCUGAGAGACAAGCAGCCAAGGAGAAGGAAAUCGCUAGUGACUUAGCCAAUGCAGCCGAUUUGUUCGCUGGUAUGAACGUCGCACCUUCAACUUCCCAAACACUCAAGAAGAAGCCAACCAAGUUGGCAGAAUUCCAACAACUCGCUGGUGCAGUACAAGAGGUAUACUUUAAACCACAUGCUAGUAACCCACAAUAUCAGCAAUACGUAACCACGAUCGUUAAGAAUCUCGCUGAUAGUCUCAAAGAAAACGAAAUUAAAGGCUUAGCAACUAGAUUGAAUACUAUCGCAGCUGAAAAGGCACGUGCCAACAAAGCAGCCGCUGCAAAGAACAAGAAAACUAAGCCAAGUCUCGGUGGUGGUCACACUACGUCUGGUACCAGACUCGAUACUAACAUCUAUGAUGAGGCAUUAGAUGACGGUGAUGAUGAUGAUUUGGAGUUCAUGUAGAGUUGCAGCAUUUUGUUUUUGUAGAUGGAUAUUAAUCUAAAAUGACUUAA